GUGAAAUGUCCCUGGACCACUGGAAUAAUUCGAAACGAUAAAGUGCUUUAUCGUAAUUUUUUCCAGAGUGUAAUUCCAUUUGGUUGUCUUCCAAAAAACGUGCACUUACAGCAGUGUGAGGACCCUGUAAAGGGAAACACUUGCCAUUUUUUCUGUUACACAGCGACAGGAUUUUGUCCAUUCGCAAUACAGAAGUUUUAUCAGGUCCUGGAAAGCCCGGGGAGAGGCCAGAGGAAAACUGUUGUUUCCUAUGUUUACACUGGCCUGAUUUUGUCACAGGCAAAUAUUUUCUUUCAGUCCUCAGCAUAGGAUGCACUAUGUGGCAAGUGCUUCCCUGUCUUUUGGCUCGCUGGGCUUGCUUAGACUCUUUGGGACGCCUUGGCCAUGGAGCUUGGCCGCAGGCUUCGGGAUUUACCUGGGCACCGGGGGCUGGCGUUACUUUUACAUUGCAGUCCGUACAGCCAAAAGAGAUCUCAAUGGUCUCUACGUUCUCCUGAGAGUGAAGCUGGCGCUUUGGCACCACAUGCGCAAUGGCCACACUAUUCCCUCCAUCUUCGCCCAGACGGUGGCUUCGCAGCCAGACAAGCCAGCCCUGGUUUACGAAGCCACCGGCGAGUUGUGGACGUUUUCUCAGCUUGACCAGAUCUCUAAUUCUGUGGCUAACUGGGCCUUGAGCCAAGGUUGGGCGUCCGGGGACGUGGUGGCCCUUUUCAUGGAGAGCCGGCCGCUUCAGGUGGCACUGUGGCUUGGCCUGGCUAAAGUGGGCGUGGAGGCCGCGCUCAUCAAUUUCAAUCUGCGCCAUGAUUCGCUCUUGCAUUGCCUAGGCGUGUCCGCAUCACGAGGACUGGUUUUUGGAGCAGAGCUUGCUGAUGCUGUACUUGAGGUGAAGUCUUCUCUUAGUCAGUCUAUGGUACGGUUUUGCACUGGAGAUCUGAGAGUAGAUCAGCUGUCCACUCUAGAUGCUCAGCCUCUGGACUCCAUCUUGGCCACUGCCCCCAACCACCCACCUCCUGUCUCUCAUUCUAAAGGAUUCAAUGAUCGCCUUUUUUACAUUUACACGUCUGGCACGACUGGACUCCCCAAAGCUGCUAUAGUGGUACACAGUCGGUAUUACCGAAUUGCAGCUUUUGGUUACCAUGCCUUCCGGAUGCGCCAAGAUGAUGUUAUCUAUGAUUGCCUACCGCUGUAUCACUCAGCAGGUAAUAUUAUGGGUGUUGGCCAGUGCCUAAUAAAUGGACUAACGGUCGUGGUGAAGAAGAAAUUUUCAGCCAGUCGCUUCUGGGAUGACUGCAUCAAGUACAAGUGCACAGUUGUACAAUACAUUGGGGAGAUUUGCCGCUAUUUGCUCUCGCAGCCCGUGCGGCCGUCAGAGCGAGAGCACCGCGUACGCCUGGCGGUGGGGAACGGGCUCCGGCCUAGCGUGUGGGAGGCUUUCACUGAACGGUUUGGGGUUUCACAGAUUGGCGAGUUCUACGGAGCCACAGAGUGUAACUGCAGUAUUGCCAACAUGGAUGGAAAGGUUGGUGCCUGUGGCUUCAACAGCCGGAUCCUCCCCAAUGUGUACCCCAUUCGCCUGGUAAAGGUGGAUGAAGAGACCAUGGAGCUAGUAAGGGACAAGCAUGGGCUCUGUGUGCCCUGCCGACCAGGGGAGCCAGGGCUGCUUGUGGGAAAGAUUAACCAGCAGGACCCAUUGCGUCGUUUUGACGGAUAUGCCAGUCAUGAAGCUACCAGAAAGAAGAUUGCCCACAAUGUGUUUAAGAAAAAUGACUCUGCCUACCUCUCAGGCGAUGUGCUGGUCAUGGAUGAGUUUGGCUACAUGUACUUCAAGGACCGUAGUGGUGACACUUUCCGCUGGAAGGGCGAGAACGUGUCCACCACAGAGGUCGAGGGAACGUUGAGCGGCCUUCUGGGACAGACAGAUGUAGCCGUGUUUGGGGUAACAAUACCAGGUGUGGAGGGUAAAGCUGGGAUGGCAGCCAUAGCUGAUGCCACGGGGAGUUUUAAGUGUGAGUCUUUCCUGAGAGAGGUUCAGCAGGUCUUGCCUCCAUACGCCCGUCCUGUCUUUCUCCGCAUCUCUCCACAAGUUGACACUACAGGCACCUUUAAAAUUCAGAAGACCAGAUUACAGAGAGAAGGAUAUGAUCCACGUCUCACUGCAGAUAAAAUCUACUUUCUCAACACCAGAGCGGGACGCUAUGAACCCGUGAAUGAAGAACUGUAUAAUGCUAUAGUGGACGGAAGAAUAUCUCUUUGAGAUAGAGAGUUACUUUUACAAGCAGAUGUAUAAGUCAUGGAAUUUCUAGGAGUCAAAGUUACUGGAGACUGGACAGUUACUUUUUAAAGCUGUUUAACACUGUAUGGUUGAGUAAUGCUGCAUUAAGAGGACUUGCGUCCUUAAUCUUUCUUUUUUAUGGAGUCACAGUAGCACCUCCUCGCUAAUGGGAGGCUCUUUUUAGACUCAAGAAGAACAAUGGACCAGGAGAUUCCUGUUUGUUGACAGUAGAGCUCAAAAUAUUCUAAAUUUUAAAAUGGUCAUCCUCAGGUUUGAGGAAAAAUCAAUGCUUGUGGUACAAGUUAGAGUUUGAGUAUCCAGGAGUAAUAUAAUCAGUAGCCUUUGCUUCAAGCUAAAAAAAAAACGAAAACAGAUUAACGUCCUCUGAAAAGAUCAGGAUUUUUUUUUCUUUUUUUUACGUAAAAAAGCACAUGACCAUGAAUUGCCUAUUCGUUUCUAGUCUUGACCCAUUUUAAGCUGUUUUAAGUAAAUCCUAACAGGAAGAAAAACACUGUCGGUGCAAUACCUCAGUCAUCAUAUUUGGAGUUAAAGUAUAGUCUUGAUAAUACAUUGCCAUGUUACACUUGCCAAAUUUAAGUUUUGACAUCUCAGUCAUGUCGUCUUCAUUAUUUGAAUCUGAUGGUUACAUAUGAAAGUUUUAUUUUAACACUUCAUUUUAGUCCUGUUACUCUGAAUCCACGCUCACCUUGGUGUAUAAUGUGCCUUACCCUUUAACACACUUUGAAAUGACUCCCUAUUUGAAUGUAUUAAAGUGGUGUGUUCUUAUAUUCUGAAGAAUAUCAUGGGUGCUUUGGCAUUAAUUAGGGACUUUUAACCCCAAAAUACAAUUGUAGUUCUAUGAUUAAUAUAGGUUGUGGACCUUAACAACGAGUGACU